CAGCUCUGCUACAUUUAAAGAGCUCUCACAUCAGUCGCCAUGCCUUUCAAACCAAGCCGGUCAAUUCCCCUUUAAAUUUUUUUUGGGAGACACUGGUGCAGUUCUGUUCGGGGCUGAGGAUGAGUAGGGGAGAUGUGUAUGUGUGUGUGGAGGUGGGGAUACCUCAGUUUGACAUAUAUCCCAGGAGACACGCGUGUUUUCAUCAUGUAGAGACAGCCAGGGAGCCGAGCUAAGUCGCAUUCAGCUAUAAACAUCCACCCGGCCUGAAGCUCACGCUGCCGUGACUGCAAACAGCGGCUUCUCUGCAGAAACAAGCAAAACAAAUCACACGCAGACGCUACAGGGCUCCUCCUUGUUUGCCAUUUCCGAUAGAAACGCGUUUAUUCAGAGUACAGAGCUGGGAUGAGACAAAGCCACGAAUGCGUGAAAAUAUUUAAAGAGAAAUAGAGAGGAAACUUGAGGAGUAUCAGCGGUGGAGGAUUCUUUCUUCAGUACAGUUCGAUAUUGUUUUAUGUGAAGCGCAGAAAGAACAACAGUAAGACGGCACGGUGUAAAACAGGAGCAGAAGAAUGGCAGCUGCAUACAUCCUCUUCUUCACUUUGUGGACCUCCACAGCCUUCACCACAGGACUGAUCUGCCCUCAACUCUGCACCUGCUUGGUUAAAUACGGCCGUCUCUUUGCAGAUUGCUCUUACAAGGAGCUAGAUGAAGUCCCAGAGGGUUUUCCUCCCAGUGUUGCGACCAUUAGUCUCUCUGCUAAUAAAAUCAGUGUACUACUUCUGGGGACAUUUGACAAUGUCACCAGAUUGAUUUCCUUGUGGAUGUCACACAAUGAGAUUGUGUCCAUUGAACAGGGGACGCUUGUGCCUUUGGUUCAUCUGCAAAACUUAGACAUCAGCCACAAUAAAAUAGUAGACUUUCCUUGGGAGGAUCUACAGAACCUCACAGGACUGUAUAUGCUGAAGAUGAAUCACAAUGAGAUGGUCAGCCUGCCGGUGAACGCCUUCUCCAACCUGAAAGAUCUGAAGUCUCUUCGGCUCAACAAUAACAGAUUUGUUACCAUAGCUGAAGGAACAUUUGAAGGUUUGCUGUCUUUGUCACAUUUGCAGAUUUAUAAUAAUCCAUUCGCUUGCACCUGCUCCCUGGACUGGUUCAGAGUUUGGAUUUCAACAACCACCAUCUCACUCACUGAGCACAGCCCCAUCACUUGUGCAACACCAGAGAAAUUUAAAGGAAUGGAGAUCAGGAAACUGUCCGAGACAAAAUGUACAAGCCCCAAUGUCACAGUAUGGACUGAGUCAGAUAAUGCGCAAUUCUAUGAGGGCAGCAAACUGGUCUUGACUUGUGAAUUCAAAGGAAACCCAAAACCACUGGUUCUGUGGAGCAUUCACAGCAAAAGCCGAAAACAGGAGCUGGCUUUGUUGUUCACUGAGGAGGGCUCUGCAGAAUCCAGCGAGGACUCCUCGGUGUCCUACGAGUCAGAUUCAGUCAAAGUCUUUAAUAACGGCACACUUCUCGUUUCAAACCUCAGGAAGGAAGAUGGGGGCAACUACAGCUGCUCUGCCACAAAUGAGCUUGGAAGAGCGGAGGAUUCGGUUUUAGUGGAGGUGAUGGCGCUGGCGCUGGCACCAACACCCACGAAGCAAAUGAGCACAGUACCCACUUACACUAAAACAAACCCAUCUGCACGCCAGGAAACAGACAAAGCAUCUGUUUUUAAUUCUGUGCAGAGAAAAAAAAUCAUGAGCAUCAUACCCACUCACCCACCAACUGCAGACAGCGUUUCCGAACCUAAUGAGGAUUUAACAAAAUAUCUAUCUAGCAAAUGUGGCUUGACGACUAAUACGAGCUAUAUUUCAAGCCCUGUCUCAAACGGGAGCCUAGAUGACAUCAAAUACACGUUUGACUUUGGUGUGAUUGCAUUAGGAGUGUCAGAAACACAGGCAACAGUGCGACUCAAUCCUCUUCUCAUGGCCAGACAAAAGGGCAACCAGGCAGCUGAUGGCACCUCUGACAGCAAAGAGCACCACAGCAUUCCAGAUAUCUCAGAAAAAGCCCCUUCAAAUGGCUUGUAUUUGUGCGUCACCGCGGACCUAAAACAUUCCGCCGUGCAGUGGUCGAAGAUCAAGGAUGGCGUCAACUCGUAUCAGUUCAGCGGUUUGCGACCGGGCACCAACUAUUCCCUCUGCCUGACCUACAGAGGGGAGGACUGUGAGGUCCACGUGCUGUUCACCACCAGAAGGAAGGUGCCAAACCUUCUCAUCAUCAUCUCAGUCAGCAUCUGCCUCCUAACCGUGUCCACUGUGCCUCUGCUCGGGGCUACGUGCUUCCACCUGGUGUACAAGUACCGCAGCAAGACCUACAAGCUAAUCCUGAAGGCCAAAGACCAGUACCACAUGGAGAGGAACCUCACCACCAACUUCAACAUCUACGCACCUCACGCCGAGUCUCUGAAGAAGAUUGAUAGCAGCCAGCUGGAUGAAGAGGAAGAUGAGACGGAGAGCGGAGAUGGGGACAAGGAGGCCGAUACGGAAGAGAGUGUGGUGACCGACUCAUUUACUUUGUCUCAGUGCAGGGGGAAUUUGGACGACUGUGAGGUGGGAUCUGAGUACAGUGACAGGCUGCCUCUGGGAGCUGAAGCAGUGAAUAUUACAACUAAUUACAAAUAUCCCAAUCAGUAACUUGUCACUGCCUGUGAUAUAAUGUAACUUGCUUUCGUAACAUCUCCACCGCCUCAAAAUUACAAUCCCAUACAACUAAACUGCAUCCUCCAGAAUGAUUGUAUUUGUUUCACUAAUACUGAUUGUAAUUAACAUAUCAGUUAUAUUCUCACCUUUCUGCUGAUGCUCCAUUUUUUAGCAGUUAUUUAAAUAUUAGCUGCGCAAGACCAGUCUUCGUGGAAUUUAACCCAAACCAUGAUAAUUUAAAUCAAAAGGUUCCACGGUGGAGCUGAAACACAGUGUCCUGGUUUAAAGUAUCGCAGAUUAUGCCUUCGGAAACCAUAUUUCCCCUAAAAUGUGACGACUGAUGUAGUUUAGAUGUAUGAAUUUAAUUAUCUUGGAUCCAGAAUUGUUUAUCAUUUGUUUAUUAAUUGUUAUGUUGCUUCAUUUGUUGGUGCCUUUCAGUUUUAUAGAAAUAUGACUUUAGUACACUUGCUUGAAACAACAAUCCAUGCUGCAGCAUUCAAUGAAUGGAUGGGCAACAAGUUGCCUGUCUAUUGAUCACUGGUGGAAAUUUUCCAGACACUCCAGCAAAUAGGACAACAACACGCUGAUAAAAUCCCCUCCAUAAAAGCAGGAAUUGUCUGUACACUUCCUACUUGUUAAGAGAUGGCUUGAAAAUUAUUAUUUUAAAAUGUGGGAAAUGAGCACAGUUUCUCUUCUUGGUGAGAACAUGAUUAUCACUAUGAUGACCACUGAUUGAUCUUAGCACUAAACAACUAAAGGUAAAAAGAGUUCCUUUGCUAAUGGUCAUUUUCACACAUGUAAGAGACAACAGGGGAUUGCCUGUACAGAUGUGUAUUUGCUACUGACAACACUCCUCCUGCAUAUUGUGAGGAGCGUGCAGGAGACAGGAUGUGACGUUCAUCACCGGGCACACUAUCGCCUGCUCUGUUCACACGUGGGCAAACCACGCAGUGUGUAGACUUCCUAAUAUCACGCUCAUAGGGUGAAGUUUAUUUAUUGCAGAGAUCUGUUCUGCCUGGUGAAGUUCGAGGUUACAGUGAAUUUACAAAAACUGUAAUAAAAAGUUGGGGGAAAGCAAACUGAAAAGCAUAGAGGAAGUAUGCACUGUCACCACAUCUGCAGAAUUCCUGAUUUUCUUCUUUGAAUGAAAAAAAAAGUGUUUUGAAUUUUUAAAUGUGCACCUGGAUACAGAUCUACACUAAAAUACACAGUGAUAGACAAUCACGGGGAGCAAGUAUACUAUUUAAACGUCUUUUUAAAAAUUUAUUUCAGUACUGGUGAUCUUGAGAAAGAAAGAAAACCCCACAAAACAAGCACUGACUUGACCAAAUUUCCCAGUAAAUGCCGUUUACAUAAAAUCAGAAAGUUACGAGUUAAGAAUUCACAGUAUGACCACAAGAGCAAGAAUAAAAUCUUGUCUGGUGAGUGAAGGUAAAAUUUCCACAGUAGGGAUUAAAUAUCUUUGCAUACUAUGACUAACCCACACUAAGUCCUGUAUGUAAAUGUUUUUUCAGACCAGUUAUUCCAGGGUUAUAUCCACGUUUACAUGAGUGCAGGUACGAAAAGAAAUGAAAGUCUAUGUAACCUUAGAAACGUUGAUAUCUCCUUCAUUUUUAAGUACUGUUGCUAGACCUGUUUCUAGAUAACAGCAGGCAGGUCAUGGAUGAGAGCACACGUUUCUGCCUGUCAGGAUGAGUGCAGCAGUCGCAAUCAAGGUCUGAUUAAGGGAAAAAAUGCUAAUUGACUUGUGUCACAUAUGAAUUGCAGCCCAAAGCGAUGUGCGUAGUGAAAUCUGUACUAAUAAAUAUGCCAAUAUUCUGCAAAUGUAUGUAUGUAAAUGUAUGUGCUUCUAUUAGGAGUGUAGUGGCUUAAAAUAGAAAUUUAAUUAAAAAAAUCACCUAA